GAACGGAACGCUUGUCCUUCCGGGUGCUUUUUGGCUGUGGGUUUUUUGUGUGUGUGUGUUUUUUUUUAUAACGCUCGAGCUGGACUUGCAGCAGCAGCAGCAGUAGUUUGGUUUUUGCCUUUCUUUGAAUAUCCAACAAGCAAGCGAUUGACAGAUAUCAUGCCUGCCCCGCUUAUCAUCACAUCGGCAGGCAUCGCUGCUGGGGCAGCUGCCUACGCUGCAUACCACACCCGCCGCAACUCUGCAUCCGCUGUGCCUCCAUCACCCUCUGCGCUUCUCGCUUCCUCACCAUCCUCCCAGUUCGCUCCAGGCUCCCUACCUUCUCCAUCAGACACAACACAGCCUAGUUUUCUUCCUUCCCCCUCCUCAACGUCAUCUCACACUGCUACAUUUGCCAAAUCCGCGCCAGCUACCGGCGGCUUUCUCUUGUCAUAUGGGAAACUACGGAGACUGGACGAGGAGGAUGUUGUGGAGUCGAGCUCUGCUCGGGAACCGUGGCUAGGACACAGGAGAUCACCUACCCCAGGCGCCCCGCCAGGCGGUCCACCAAGCCCAAAAGGUCAACAAGCAAAGCUGUAUCGCAAGCGCGCAGCCUCCUCCCCAAACACAAGCCUGACUACUACUGAACCCGAAACUGCACAAGCCGAGUUUUGGAAAGAGCGUUUCUUUUAGACUUGUUUAUACUUUUUGUUGCCUUGGGUUUGAAAGAAAGGCAAAAGCACCCAUGCAAGGGUCCCAUAAUGAUCAUGCAAAAAAAUACAAAAGAUUCUUUGUUUAUCCUUG